AUGGAGUCUUCUAAUUCAAAAAGACUAACCCAAAUAGAUCCACUCACGAUUACCGAAUCUCUUGGUUUUCAAACAUUUCGCCGCGAGUCAAGAAAGCCAUGGAGCAAAUACGAAGAUAGCGAGUUGAUCCGAGUAAUAAAUGAAUUGCACCCCAGUCAAAUAAAUAAUUUGGAUGCAGAUACUGUCAAAUGGGAUGUAAUAGCACAAAGAAUGUAUCCAAAUGGCGAACGGAAACCUAAAGAUUGCAGAAAGAGAUGGUGCAACUCAUUGGAUCCCAAUUUGAAAAAGGGAAAAUGGACUAAAGAUGAGGAUGAGAAGUUGAUCAAAGCUUAUGAAAAGCAUGGUGCAUCGUGGCAAAAGGUUUCAAACGAGAUUUCAGGGAGAACAGAUGAUCAAUGUGCCAAAAGAUAUAUCGAAGUAUUAGAUCCUGACACGAAAGAUAGACUUAAACCGUGGGAACACCAUGAAGAUCUCCAAUUGAUAAGACAGGUUAAAAAUCACGGUACGAAGUGGAGAACAAUUGCAUUAGAAAUCAAAGGUAGACCAUCGUUAACUUGUCGUAAUAGGUGGAGAAAGAUAGUUACUGAUGUUGUUAGAGGUAAAGCAGAUCCGAUUAUCAAAAAGGAAGUUGACACCAUUGCCAAUGGUAAUAUCAAAGUAUUGGAAAAUAUAGGUAAAGGUAGCAAAAGUAUACAAAAUUCGAGUCAAGAGAGCUUAAUUAAUUCAAAAUCCGAUUCCCAUUCAUCAACACCAUAUCCAUUAAAUACAUCUUCCCAGUCCACUAGCGUUGAACAGCCGGAUACUUUCCAAGCGCAAAGAUCGUACCCUAAACAAUCAGGCCAGGCCCCACAGCAGUACCAGCAAAGAAUUGCUAGACCACCAGCUCAAAGUGCAAUUACUAUGCCGGUUAAUAGUGAAGUUGAAUGGAAAUAUACCUUGGAAAGAGAGGAUGGUAAACCUAAUAACAUAAAUUUGCCCCAUACGGCAUUGUUCUCUGAUGAAAAUAAUGGAAAUAUUAAGAACCAAGAAUUAGUUCAACAGCUUAUCUCAUAUGCUAAGACCUACGGCUUGAACAUUACCGUACAUCAACAUAUACAUCAUCAUUAUUCACAGCCAGGCAAUAGACACAUACAAAAACAACGACAAGCUCCUGAAGUACCGAAUUAUCCAUAUCAAUCAGUGCAAUCCCCUUUCAGUAUUUUAGGUCUGUCUUCUAAUGGCAAUAAUAAUGAAUUUAGUUCAGUAAAUGAUCCAGGAUUUAACGAUUCCAUUCCUCCAAAUGAAAUGAACAAAAAUUACCAAUCUCCAUAUUAUCUCGAGCCGGAGACUCAAUUGACUAGGUAUCAACACUUCAACUAUUUACCACCGUUAACGGAAGUACCAAAAUUAAAUUCCUCAUCAUCUCCACCAUCAACUAUUAAGGACACGAAUAAUCCAACCCAUCACCACCACCAUCAUCACCAUCAUCACCAUCAUGAUAAUGAAAACGAGAAGCAAGAGAGAAAAGACCCAUCGAAUAGUAAGGAGUCUGACUUGAUCAAACUAUUAAACAGAUAUAAUAAUGAAACUACACCAGAGCUUCAAGAGAGAAAUAAGGGAGCAAUGGUAUCUACUGAAUCAACACCUCCGGGAUCUAAUUCAUUAACUCCUUUAACUCAAGCGGUAGAAAUGGCAGCUGCGGCAGAAGCUGGAGAAAAUGUCCCUUCGUCGGCUCAUUCUCGCAAGAGAUCUAACACCAGCACUGCCUACCACAAUAAAAAAUCUAAACUGCAAAGAGAUGACAAGGAAUUAGAGGACGGUAUAGACUUUUGGGAUAACAUGAGAAAUUUGACAGAUAUACAAAGUCAGCAACCUCAGCCAUUGGUUCAGCCUCAGCAAAAAAACCAAGCUAUCAGCCAAAGUCUGGAUCAACUUUCAAAUCAAAAACCAAAUUCGCAACCUUCCUCACAUAUGUUUCCAAACAAUACUUCUCAACAAACAGUAAGAGAGCUGCUGUCAGUUGUUGAUACUAACGCAACUGCUGACAAAACUAAUAAUAAUGAUAUUAAUGAACCGCCGUAUGAAGAAGAAGAAGCAGUAGGAGAAGAAGAUUACGGGUUAUUUUAUAACGUUUUCAAUAAAGAGGGUUCUUCAACAGCGCCGUCGAACAAUGAGACAGAGAACCAAAAUAAUGGCUCUGUGUAUGAUAAUCUUAUUAGUAUAUUCGGUAUGAUUCCUUUCAAUCCAUCUUAA